AUGGAAUACCUGUUUGAAAAUGCUUUUAACAAUGCUCUAGUUCCUUUAGCAAUGGAUGAAUUCUGUGCGAAUUUUACCAACACUGAUGGUAUUUGCACAACUGAAGACUCAUCUUUAGUCCUUUCUGAUGUGGAGGAACAAGAACAACACUCUCUUAAGGAACCCACACCACCAUCUUCACCAAAACUCUCUGUUCCUCUCACCAAACUAUCUUCCAUCUCUCCCUCUUCCUUUUCUGUUCCUUCCAGCUUUGAACAGAUUCAGGAUGAGUUGACUAGACCUAAUCCCUUUUCCACCACCUCUACAAAUCUUCCACCACCACCACCUUUUCUUUCUCCCAUUUACACCACCUCACCAUCUGUUUCUACUCCAGGAACUGAUGGUACUUCAAACCAACCUACUCCAGUUCCUCCACCAAAACCUCCUACUGCCUCUGGUUCCAAGGAUGAUAAAACCGACAAAAUGCUGGGUCUCAUGAAAGUUUUAAGUGAUAUGGUGAUUGAGCAACAGAAGAAGAUGGGGACAAUGGCCCUAACCCUUGAGAGUUUGAAGCAGAAAGUUGGUGACAGCCAUGGUGAAGUGAUGAAGAAACUGGAGGAUGUGGUAGAAGAAGAAGUAGUUGAGGAACACAAUUCCCCUUUCCUUUCCUAG